UGCCUCCAGAUCGCUGCAAAACAAUUUUUUCUCUGCUUGAAAGGGACUCUUUGAGCUUGUGGAGCCUACUUAGUCAACAAACAGCAGGAGGUGGAGUAAAGCUCCCAACUGAAGUCCCUCCUCUAGUCCCAACUCUCCGCAGACAGACUGACCAUCAGAGAAGAGGAACAUGGAGAAGCUGAACGGCAUGAGCUGGUCAUCGGUUCUGGUGCUAUGUGGUCUUCUGCCUCUGAUUGCCCAGGCAGGGAGAGAGAUGCCCAAGCUCUCCAACAAGAAGCUGUGUGCAGAUGCUGAGUGCAGUCAUCCCAUCCUCAUUGCUCGUGCCCUUCAAGAUUAUUAUCCUCAAGACUGCCGCUUCAUCCCUCUCCGCCAGGGUCAGCUUGUUUAUGUGUAUGCCAUGCUGAAGGACUAUGGUAACCUCUUCUGGGCAGGCAGUGUUCAAGGUUCCUACUAUGGCGAGCAUGAAGCGCGUCUUGGACAUUUCCCAAGCAGUGUUGUUGAAGAAACCCAUGCCUUGAUGCCAGCAGAGGUCGAGGUUAAAACUGACAAAUGGGACUUCUAUUGUUACUGAAUACGUUUCUGGUUUACCUCAAAAACGAUUAGCAUAUGGAUGACCCGUGAAUCUCUUUUGUAAGCACUGCUACUGCCACGAGUCAAAAAAUGACCUCGUUUUUUGGACACCUUCGUGCUAUGGACACCUUUGUGAGCUGCCUAGGCUGCUAUGUGGUAUAACUAAGCAAACACACAGAUUCAGUUCUUAUUUAUCGAUGCUGUAGACACCGUUUAUGCUUUGGGCAGAUUUCUGAUGUUCAAUAAAGAUAAACAAAGCUG